AUGUUGGUUCGACAUGGGCUCACCUCGGUGUCUCUGCUCUUUUUGGGAAUAUUCGUUUUCUUGUCAGAGGCUCAGACGCAUCGUGGAUUCAUAGGCCGUCUCGCCGGAGAUGCGACGUUCGACUUUGUUGUCGUCGGAGGGGGCACGGCAGGCCUCACCAUUGCGAUCCGACUAGCAGAACAGCAAUACCAAGUGGCGGUGGUGGAGGCAGGCGGCUACUAUGAGUACACGUACCCACUGGCCCGAGUCCCAGCAGCUUGCAGUCUUGGAGCUGGGGCGGACGUCCGGACCACGACACCCAUCGAUUGGGGCUUCGUAGCCCAUGGGGUCCCCGGUGCAGACUUUCGAGACAUCCAUUACCCGAGGGGGAAGUGCUUGGGCGGGUCGCCUACUGCACAGUCAAUGGAGCGCUGGGCACAGCUUGUGAAUGAUUCAAGUUAUCUCUUCGAGAACGUGUUGCCCUACUUCAAGAAGACCGUCUCAUUCUCGACCCCCGUAGGAAUUCGUUUCGCCAACGCCACUCCACUCUUCAACGCCUCGGCCUUCAGUCACGAUGGAAAUCCAGUACAAGUCUCGUACCCAAAGUAUGCGACUGCGUUUUCCACGUGGGUGAAACAAGGCAUGAGCGAAGCAGGGAUCUCAGAGGUGCAGGAUUUCAAUAGCGGUACUCUCCUGGGCCAUCAGUAUUGCACAAUGACAAUCCAACAGACAGAUGCAACGAGGAGCAGCUCCGAGUCUGCGUUCCUCCAAACAGGAUUCAAGUCUGGCUCGUGGACAAUCUAUCAGUUCGCGAUGGCGAAAAAAGUUGUUUUUGAUUCAAGUCGCCGAGCAACUGGUGUGGUUGUUGAACAAGGAAACCAAUUUGUUCUUUACGCAAGGCGUGAAGUCAUUCUUGCUGCAGGUGCAUUUCAAUCACCACAGCUAUUGAUGGUGUCUGGCCUUGGUCCGGCUCAACUCCUUCAAACACACGGGAUUAGCCUCAUCGCUGAUUUGCCUGGCGUGGGUCAAAAUAUGUGGGAUCACGUCUUUUUUGGCCCUUCAUACAGAGUGAAUGUGCCUACUUUAGGCAUGUUAGAUGGUAACCUUUCCUCCCUUCUUGCCCAGGCGGAACUCUGGCUUCUCGGGGGAAACGGGAUUCUGACGAAUCCAUCAACGGACUAUCUCGCCUUUGAGAAGCUUCCGAGGGCGUCGCGCUCAUCGUUCACACGGGAAAACGAACAGGAGCUAGCAUGGUUUCCAGGCGAUUGGCCAGAAGUCGAGGUAAGAAGCAAAUUCCCCAGGUUUCGUUUCUCCAAACACCAAAUGUUUAUCGUGAGGCCUUCUCAGUAUAUUGCAGGGUCUGCCUAUGAGGGAAACUUUUCAGAUCCAUACGCGCAACAGCCUCAAAGCGGCCAUUAUGCCACCAUCGCCGCGGCUCUGGUGGCUCCAACCUCGCGGGGAAACAUCACCAUUAGUUCAGCCGACAUGUCGGACCCGCCGGUGAUCAAUCCCAAUUGGCUAGCAACGGAUACUGAUCAGAGGGUUGCAAUUGCAGCUUAUAGGCGCGCUCGGGGAUUGUUCCUCACUCAGUCAAUGGCGCCUGUGAUCAUAGGGCAAGAAUAUUUCCCUGGCUUUGGAUAUCAAACUGACACUGAGAUAUUGACUGUUAUCAAGAGCACUGUAAUGACAAUUUAUCACGCAGCUUGCACCUGCAAGAUGGGUGUUUCGGGCGAUGCCAUGGCCGUUGUCGACAGUCGCGCCAGAGUCUUCAAUGUCACAGGCUUGCGUGUUGUUGACGCGAGCUCGUUUCCCAUCCUACCCCCAGGUCAUCCCCAAUCGACAGUUUACAUGCUAGCAGAGAAGAUUGCAUUCGAUAUUGUCUCCGCGAGCCGCAGUGGGUGA